AUGUUAUUUAUUAUUUUAUUUUUCUUAGUCAAUAUUAUUAAAGCAGAGGAACAAUUCCUCAUCAUAAUCAACACAAAUCUUGGAAUACAUGAUAAUUUCGUCAAUACUCAUAUUGAUCUUGAUUCAAAAGAUAUUAAAAUAUACUAUUCCGAAAUUAUUGAUUAAUAUCCUGUUUCUGCUGCUAGAUUCGAUCAUUUAACUUUUUACGAUCAAAAAUAAUAUGAACUUUACCAAUCUGAAGCUCAGUUAUCUAAACAUCAAUUAACAUGCUUUGAUUCAGAUUACAAAAAUACUCAAAUACUAACAGGAAUUAACAAUUAUACAAAUAUUUUAUCAGCCAAUAAAAAUAUGUAUUCAAAUUCCACAUUCAUAGUACAUUUGUCUUAGAUAACUCAUAAAUUCCAUGCAAUGGCUAUGUUUAAGAAUAUAUUGAACCUUGGAUAACUAUUUUACUGCAAUUUGGAAUAACCAAGACUUAUUUUUAUUUUAAAAUAUUCUGUAAAAUAGAUUAAUAACAAUAGUAAUCAUCUUGAAUUUAUUCUCCUUUAUUAUACUUACUUCUGCAAUUAUAUUGACAUGGUGGGAAAUAAGAAAAUUGGAAUAGAAGAUGAGAAGAAGAUCCUCAUUUCCAAGAAUUUUAUAAAAAUUAUAGAUCAAAUGA